AUGACCAAGAUAUCAGCUUUUCUACGCUCAUGCGCUCCAAAUACCGGAGGAUCUUCCUCGAAGAUGUCAGUAUCCAUCCACAUCGCCGGCGCCGGGGACAACCCCCGAAAGGUGUUCACUACGUCAGAUAGGAUCGAAGGAGUGGUGACUAUCACAGUGGCGGAGAAAACCGCCUUCGAUGAUAUCAAGAUCACGUUAGAAGGGAUAUCGAGGGUAACGACCUGGGGAGGCAUCAGUGGACCGCCACUUAUCAGUGCUCGUCAGACCUUUAUGAAACUCCAUUAUCCAAUUGAGAAGAGUGCAUACCAACCAGCUUCGAUUCUGGAGCCGGGGUGGUGCUACAAGUUCCCGUUUACGUUCAUUGUGCCGGAGAACCUGCCACUCACGGCAUGCGAUCACAAAGUCGACGAUACAGUCAUCGAAAAUACUCAUACGAAACUACCCCCCUCAUUGUGCAAGGAAACAGAUACAGAAUGUUUCUCCAUCAAAUACAUCGUCCGAGUGGUUAUCCCGAGGCCAUUUUGCAGUAAAGGCCAGCCGACAAAAAGCUUGGUCAACGCUGUUCGACCCGUGAAAAUACUACCGUCGGGUGCUAUAGGUGGGCCCAACGGUCUUGCCAUCAAUACACUUACAUCAGAAAAAACAAUCAAUAUUAGACGUGGUUGGAGGGGGAAAUGCACUGGACGCUUGGUCAUCUUAGCUUCACCUGCCGGGCCCAUACGGCCUUCCUUCCAUAAAAUUGUUGCCGCCGACCAGACCAUCACCACGAUAAAACUAGACCUUAAAUACAGUCCGGUCGGCGCAGAACCUCCUCCUCAUCUGCGAAUGGUGUAUCCCAAAUUGAACUUGGUAACAUCCUUCCACACAACCCCGCGAAACGGAUAUCCGUUUUUUGGACAGAGCAAAAGCACCGAUUUACCACGAGGCAAUCACGUUCAAUCUUUGACGCUUCCAACAGCCGAUAUUGAAUCAACUCAAUGGAUCAAAACAAAAACACCGAGCACCAGCGUUCCGUCUCCCUGGCAGGACUGCCUGUCAAGCUUCACCGACGACGAAGCCUCAUAUACCGCCUCAAUCGUGGUUCCCAUUUACGUUCCAAAGCAUGACGACCUUGUACCGAGUUUUCGCUCCUGCUUCAUUUCGCGCAUGUAUACCCUAGAAUUCAUUUUUUCUUAUUGCAUGACAAAGCAAGCUGGAAGCCACACAGUCAAAAUCGAGGUUCCUGUUGAGAUCACUUUGAGAACCGAGUAGGCCAAUCUCCUACAUCACAGGGGAUUAGUUCGCUGUUACAGAAUUCAUCAACAUGAAGUGAAGCUUGC